UCUAAUAGCAUUCCACUGACUCACUGACUGAGUGAGCACACAGCCUGGGACAGAGCUCAGUGACAGAGCCUGGAGAUCCGAUAGACGACGGACAAUCUCCAAGCAGCCCCUCUGGAGUUCAGAUCAUGUACCAGGACUAUUCAGGGAAUUUCGACAGCUCUUCGCAUGGUAGCAGCAAUUCUCCAGCACACCCGGAAGGAUACCCCAACUCCUUAUCUACCUCAAUCCAUCAGAAAUUCAGGACAGAUAUGCCCGGAUCAAGCAGCGCUUUCAUCCCUACCAUUAAUGCCAUUACCACCAGCCAGGACCUUCAGUGGAUGGUGCAACCGACAGUCAUUACCUCCAUGUCCAACCCUUAUGUCCGGUCACAUCCUUAUGGUCACCCUGUACCCAGUUUGUCUUCGGUUACUGGGCAUACGGCAUUGCCAAGACCAGGUGUGAUCAAAACAAUUGGCACAGCCGCGGGCAGAAGGAGACGGGAUGAACAGGUGAAUAACUGGCUGUCACCCGAGGAAGAGGAAAAGCGAAGGGUGAGGAGGGAGAGGAAUAAGUUGGCAGCAGCCAAAUGUCGCAACAGAAGACGAGAGCUAACAGAUAAACUUCAGGCGGAAACAGAGAAACUCGAGCAGGAGAAGUCUGGGUUGCAGAAGGAGAUUGCUGAACUCCAAAAAGAAAAGGAUAAACUGGAGUUUAUGUUGGUCGCCCAUUCCCCCAUGUGUAAGAUACAACUUGAUGACAGAAACAGCUCCUCUCACACUAUCCGCACUAUGGUUGGAAGCAGGGUGGUUAUCAAACAGGAACCUAUUGAAGAAGACAUUCCUGCUUCUUCGUCAUCCAACAAUGAAAAAACUCAACGGUCUGUGAUUAAGCCCAUCAGUAUUGGUGGAGGGUUCUUCAACGAGGAGCCCCUUAACACACCUGUAGUGAUGUCUUCAACACCUCCAAGCACUCCUAACACCUCCAACCUCGUCUUUACCUACCCAAGUGUACUGGAUCAGGAUUCAUCUACUUCUCCUUCAGAGUCUUGUUCCAAAGCCCAUCGUAGGAGUAGCAGCAGUGGUGACCAGUCCUCUGAUUCCUUGAACUCACCAACCCUCUUGGCCUUGUAACAAACACUCCUAGAGGACAAACUGAUCUUUUACAUGUCAGGUGAUGUCAAGAAGGGUAUACAGAUGUUGGCAAGAGCAUCCCAACUAAGCGUUUUGAUUUUCAGAACAUGCCUUGUACGAAACACCGUUAACUGGAUAACACACUUCAUGAAACUUUGAUGUAGCACAGACUUUCUUGGGCUGCAGACGGGGCUACAAAUGUUUUCAUUCCUUCACAAUAUCAUGUUAUACCGGACUCUUCCAUGGGUCCAGGUUGGUUCUAAGUUAUUUGUAGUCUCUUGUGUACUUAAAACAUUUCAUCCUUUCUUUCCAGUAGGCAAAUUUUGUCGUCUCUUGUUCUGAAAUCCAGAGGGCACUUUAGGGAAAGUCUCUGAGUGAUUUGAUUUAAACUUCACUGGAUGAAGGUACAGAACUUUUUUUUUCUUUUGCUUGUUUGUUUACUGAGCAGUUCCCAGAAAACAUUUGAGGAGCCUAUGGCAAACCCUCUGGCAAUCAGAGAUCUGUUUUUUUUUGUUUUGUUUUUUUAAAAGGAGCAUAAAAUGGAUCUAAAGAAUGCAUUGAUUGCACCCAGCCAUUUUCUUAUCACACGCAACAUGCGUCAGUGGAUCUCACACAAUGCCAAAGAACGCUCCGGAGCGCAAUUUGUUGGAAUAAAAGGAUUGGCAAGAGAUAAUUUGGGAAAAUUCUAUAUAUUUAUAUGUAAUAUAUAACAAAAAAAAACUUGGCAAUAUGGCCAUGCUUUGUGCCUUUUGGAUAAGCAGAAACAUGUUUGACAAGAACUCAAAUGCACGUGACAAUCCAUACAAUGAUUUUACAUGGUUUAGCCAUAAACCAAGCCCUAUGAAAGGCCAUACACUAUUCUGUGCCAUGUAAUAUCGGGAAAUAGUGUCCUAGUUGUUACUGUUGCUUUAAGUACAAAGUUCAUACAAUGUUGCAUAUUUUUAGUGUUCCUGUUGUUUGGUCUGUUAUUGCAGUAUUGAUGAGGGGGAUGGGAGGAAGUGAUAAGGAGGGGGGUUACCUGGAAGUGCUUUGUAAAAGGAGAUGUUUAUUUUACAGUGCAAAUAGUGCUAUCUCUUUCUUCUUUUCAAUUAAUCCAAAGGUUGGAACACACUGGUCUUUGAAAAGCUCCUGCAAUUAUUCUGCAGAUCCAGAGGGCUGUAAAUUUGCACUAGUCUGUGACUGGUGAUCCUAGCAGGCUUACAAAAUUGGUAUUCUUAUUUAUUUCUUCGUUUUCAUAUAAUACAUGAGAGCAAUGUGGAAGGCAAAUCAAAUUUGAAAGUAUAAUUAUUCAAUAAGAUGGCAAAAAAUAAGCAUCAAAAUAGAGUCACUGGAAAAAGUCAAUAAAAAAAAUAUUCAACACAAAAACUGCGUGAUUGCAAUAAAGUCACUCCCGUGAGGCAAGUAACCAGUGCAAGGGUUUUUCUGGUUUUUAUAUGGCGUUAUCUGUACUGGAUGCAAAAAAAGUUGUUUUGUUUAGAUUUUACGGUUUCUACGCAGUAUUGAAAGCAGAAUUAACACUAAUACAUUUCCUAUUCAGUGUUACUUUGUUCUGUAGAAAUCUCCCCUAUGCAGUUUUUAAGACAACGGUUGAUUAGCUGUGCUUUGCCGAGAGAUGGGCUUUAACCGCACAAAAUCAUCCCAUAACACAGCCUGUUUGCUACACUGUCAAACUGUCAGGGAACAGAAAGCGUUUUGUAUACUCACCUCCAGUGCCACAAAAAAUGUGUGACCAGUCCCCUCUGCUUCAUCAAAAUGAUGUCUACUGCCAGAAUUUAAAAUGCAGGUAUUAACCAAUUAUUUUUCCAAAACAUUCCAGAAUUUGUGGACUGUAGUUGUUUACAGAUUUAACCCUUGUGGUGCCUGAGUUUUACAAGCACUGAAUCUUUCUGUGUAUCCCUUUGUUGGAUAAGACUUUGCUUGCCCUUGUUAAUGUUCUUAAUUCUGUUUUAAAUGGCCAAUGAGCAUCAUGCGAUAGAUGUUGAAAAAUAUACCAUAGCCCACUUUUAAUGAAUCAUUAAGAUGUUUAAGAGAUAACGUGGUGUGUUUUUCUGGUCCUGUUCGCUUCCUCCCAUUGACAAGCCCAAACGGAAAGGCAGUAGGCUGAA